AUGGCAUCGCAAGGCAUGCCGAGCUUACCGUGUUUCGACCCAACGUCGGAUCCCACGUCUCUUCUCGUGCGGUGGGAACGUUGGCUACGCAGAUUCGAGGGAGCUAUGGUCGGGUUUGGCAUAACUGAUUUCAAGCGCCAGAAAGCUCUUUUACUUCAUUUUGGAGGAGAAGCACUCCAAGAUAUAUUUGAGACUCUCGACACUGAUAACCAGCAGCAGCGAACGGUGGAUUCUCAGCAAACAGAUCCGCCAAGUCAGUCUCAAUUAGAUGAACGUGAGUACACAGCAGCUAAAUGUGCCCUCACAAACUAUUUCACUCCGAAGAAGAACAUUCUAUAUGAAAGCAUUGUAUUUAGGCGUACAACCCAGCAAGCCGAUGAGUCAGUCGAUCAGUAUUGCACAUGCCUUAGGCAGAUAGCAACCAAAUGUGAAUUUGGUAACCUUGACAGAGAGCUCAAAACUCAGAUCAUCGAAGGCUGUAAUUCUGACCAGCUAAGACGCAAAGCCCUGGAGAGGGAUAUGUCCUUGACCGAUCUCCUUGAACUUGCUAGAUCAUUAUCGCUAUCUGCUUCCAGAGCUGCAGAAGUCGGGCGUGAAAGAUCUGGUAGUGCUAGUGUCAACAAAGUCUUCACACGCCAUGAGCGCACACCAAAUCGCAGACAAACUUUCAAGACUUCUCAGUCCAGGCAUCUGUCUAAUAAUGCAAAGCAGUGUUUCUACUGUGGAGGCGAGUAUCCCCAUCAGAAUGAAUGCCCAGCUAGAGGACAGAAAUGUCGUAAUUGCGGGAUACUUGAUCACUUUGCAAAAGUUUGUAAGUCACGGAAGCAAGCCCAUCACUCCAAGUCUGUCAGAGGUCAAGUUAGCGAAUUGACCACGAGUAAUGCUGCAGGCGAUACAGAGGAAUAUGGGAGAGACUGCGAAUAUACUUUUGGCAUCAAGCAAGUGAAAGGAAAACGACCCCGUGUCUCCAUGACACUUGAAGACACCGACAUUAGUAUGCUCGUCGACACAGGGUCAACCGUCAAUGUAAUAACGGACACCUGUUAUCAGCGGCUGACAAAGCACCCAACACUAGACCAGAGUAAUAAAGUACGUGUUUAUGCGUACGGCAGCAAGACUCCUCUCAAGGUUCGUGGAACUUUCGAAACCGAAUUGACCUUCAGAGACAACACCGCUCAAACAACCUUCUACGUGGUCUACGGAGAUUCUGAUAAUCUGUUGAGUUGUGACACUUCAGAAUCGCUAGGCAUCGUCAAGCUCACAUAUGCCGUAACAGCUGACGACAUGUCAUCAAGCUAUGCCGACCUCUUCAACGGGCUAGGAAAACUCAAGGACGUGAAGUGUAAACUUCACAUUGACGAAACUGUAAAGCCAGUAGUCCAGCCCCAUCGCAGGAUUCCAUUCCACGUUCGCAAACAGACAGAAAAGGAACUGCAGCGUCUCCUUGAUUUGGAUAUCAUUGAACGGGUUGGUGGUGAGCCAACACCUUGGGUUUCGCCGAUUCUAAUUGUCAAAAAACCCAAGAGUCCAAAUCAGAUCCGCAUCUGCGUGGAUAUGCGUGCUCCUAACAAAGCUAUUCAGAGAGAACGCCAUUUGACCCCCACUAUCGACGAGAUCAUCGCGAAAGUAAAUGGAGCUCGACACUUCGCGAAGUUGGAUCUCAACGCUGGUUACCACCAGAUAGAGCUCGCUGAGGAGUCGCGUUAUGUAACUGUCUUUUCUACUCAUGUUGGCCUGUUCAGAUAUAAGCGACUCAACUUCGGAGUCAAUUCCGCAGCAGAGGUGUUUCAGCAGAUGAUACAAACCACCCUCAGUGGUCUUGAUGGAGUUCUGAAUAUCAGCGACGAUAUUCUAGUGUAUGGCCGUACACCAGAGGAACUCAACGACAGGCUUGAACAAUGCCUGAAGCGACUGCAAGACCAUCACCUCACUCUCAACAAGAACAAAUGCGAAUUCCGCAAGGAAAGGAUGGAAUUUUUCGGCCAUGUUCUGAGCGCUGAAGGAGUAUCACCUGACCCCAAGAAAGUACAGGCCAUCAUCAAUGCGUCGAAUCCAUCAAACGUUCAGGAGGUGCGCAGUCUUCUGGGACUAAUUAACUACUGCGGACGAUUCAUCCCCGAUCUUGCGACGCUGUCUGCUCCUCUACGCAAUCUUACGAGAGAGGAGGUAGAGUGGCAGUGGACAGGAGAUCACCAGAAAGCCAUGACUAACGUGAAACAGUGCCUUGCAGCAGGAUGCACGAAUGCGUUCUACGACCCAGACAAAAAUACUCAACUACUCGUGGAUGCCAGCCCAGUUGGCAUCGGUGCUGUGCUGGCACAGAAAAGCAGAGAUGGAGAGCCCUCCGUAGUCGCAUUAGCCAGCAGAUCUCUUACGCCAGUAGAACAGCGGUAUUCACAGAUAGAGAGGGAGGCCCUGGCGAUAACCUGGGGCAUUCAGCACUUCCAUCUCUAUCUUUACGGAAACACAUUCGAAGCUGUCACCGACCACAAGCCUCUGGUGACUAUAUUUAACAACGCUCAUAGCAAGCCUCCGACGCGAAUUGAGAGAUGGAUCCUCAAAAUUCAAGAAUACGACUUCACUGUCGUGUAUGAGCCUGGAAAGUCUAACCCAGCAGACUACCUGUCCCGCCAUCCGCUGCCGACUACUGAGCGCACAAGCCGCGAAGAGAAGGCGGCAGAGCAACAUAUCAACUUCGUGAGCGUGAAUGCAGUACCAAAGUCAAUGAAGCUAAGCGAAAUCCAAGACGCGACUAAACAAGACGUCGCGUUGAGUCUUUGUAUGCAAGCUCUCAGAUCGCGAAAUUGGAAAGAAGUGAUAGAAACCACUUCAUCUUCAGAUGUAGCGAGAUGCCUUCAGAGCUUCUACAAUGUUCGCGACCAGUUGUCAAUCGCACCCAGUGAUGAUUUUGUGUUACGCGGAAAUUGCAUUGUCAUCCCACAAUCCCUAUGUGAUCGCGUAAUUGAGAUUGCACAUGAAGGCCAUCAAGGCGUCGUGAAAACCAAGCAACUUCUGAGAGAAAAAGUGUGGUUUCCUGGAAUUGAUCGCAUAGUUGAGCGUAAAAUAAGUCAGUGUUUACCAUGCCAGGCCACGACAGUAGGGCCAAGUCCUCGUGCACCACUUCAAAUGUCUGACCUGCCGAAUGGUCCUUGGGAAGAAGUAAGUGUAGAUUUCGCUGAUUUGCCCUCUGGAGAUCAUCUUUUAGUGAUUAUUGAUGAUUAUAGUCGAUACCCAGUUGUAGAAGUCGUAUCGUCGACGUCAGGGAAAGCUACAAUUCCAAAGCUCGAUAAAGUUUUCUCAUUGUUUGGAGUCCCGCAGAUUGUAAAAUCCGAUAAUGGUCCGCCAUUCAACGGCGAUGAGUUUAAGCAGUUCGCAGAAUACCUAGGCUUCACCCAUCGCAAGAUAACGCCGCGAUGGCCACGUGCAAAUGGUGAGGUAGAGCGGUUUAUGCGCACGUUGAAGAAAGUCCUCCGCACUGCACAUGCCGAAUCCAAAUCGUGGAGGCAAGAGCUACAUCGAUUUCUUCGCAACUAUCGCGCAACACCACACACAACCACAGCACAACCUCCGGCAACAAUAAUGUUCUCGAGACCUAUGCGCACACGCCUGCCAGAGAUAUCACGUGAAGGAAGUGACUCAGAGCUACGCGAACGCGACAAAGCAAAGAAAAACACCAUGAAAGCUGAUGCUGAACGCCACAUGUCGUUCAGACGUGUUCCCCUCUGUAUAGGAGACACGGUUCUAGUGAAGCGUGAAGGGUAUGUUACUAAAACAAUGACACCCUAUGAGCUAGAGCCAUUGGUAGUCACCGAUGUCAAAGGCUCGAUGGUCACAGCAAGUCGUGGAUCACAAAAGAUAACACGCAACACGUCUUUCUUCAAAGCCUUGAAGGAAUACCUCCCAGCUGAACCAGUUUUUGUAGAAACUGAACAAGAGCAAAUAGAACAAUUCAGUGCUCCUGAUGACUUGUCAGAUGACAAUGAACAAACCAAUCCGACUACCCCUAACGUUGAGAGGUAUUCGAGCCGUACUCGAAACCCUCCAGCUUACUUGAAAGACUACGUAACCAAAGUUAAGGUCAAGAAGUAG